GGGCGGGAGCGAGGCGGCCGGCGAGCCUCCGCGCAGGGGGGCAGUCUAUCUCUCUCCCCGCCCUUAACAAAAAGGUCCCUCCGAGCAGCCGGGUCUCCCUCCCUGCCUCAUCCUCACGACAGCCCUGCGAGGCAGGGCGCGGCCCAAGGUCACCCGCAGGUGAAGACCAUGGAAGUCAGUGGCCAACUGUGCAUCCGCCGCUGGUCAACAAGACACGUGGCCAAAUGGCUGAAGGACGAAGGUUUUUACGAAUAUGUGGACACUUUGUGUGAUAAACACAGGCUGGAUGGGAUGACGCUACUGACCCUGACUGAAUAUGACUUGCGGUCUCCCCCCCUAGAAAUCAAAAUCCUGGGUGACAUCAAGAGACUCAUGUUGUCGAUACGCAAAUUGCAGAAACACCACAUGGACGUUCUGGAAGAACUGGGCUACAACAGUGAGCCCCCGCUGGGGUCUCUCUCGCCUGCCGUUUCCACUCUGCAGGGAACAAACUGGUUUUGUAAUGGAGAAACGCAGCGGGACUGCGACGAUGACUGCGAGCCCGUUGUCGACCUGAGCGCUGAGCAGUACCAGUACAGCAACGGGAAAAACAAGCACCCUCCCCGGAGUCUGAACCCGGAGUACUGGAAGACGGCUCUGAGCUGUAUCUAUGUCUUCAUUGUGUUCGGCUUCACGUCGUUUGUCAUGGUCAUCGUUCAUGAGCGUGUGCCGGACAUGCAGACGUAUCCACCACUGCCAGACAUAUUCCUAGACAGUGUUCCGAGGAUCCCGUGGGCUUUUGCCAUGACUGAAGUGUGUGGGGUGAUUCUCUGCUACAUCUGGUUGCUUGUCCUCCUCCUCCACAGACACAGGUCUAUCCUUCUGCGUCGAAUGUGCAGCCUCAUGGGUACCGUGUUUCUGUUGCGUUGCAUCACGAUGUUUGUCACCUCCCUGUCUGUACCAGGCCAACACCUACAGUGUUCUGGAAAGGUAUGUAUGUAUGUAUGGGCCAGGGCCCAGCAGGCAACUGCGAUUUGGAGCGGGUUUGGCAUGACGCUAACUGGAGUACAUACCUGCGGGGACUACAUGUUCAGCGGUCACACCGUUGUCCUGACGAUGCUCAACUUCUUUGUCACAGAAUAUACGCCAAGAAGCUGGAACUUCUUACACACCCUGUCGUGGGUGCUGAAUCUCUUUGGAAUCUUCUUCAUUCUGGCCGCUCAUGAACAUUACUCCAUUGACGUGUUCAUCGCCUUCUACAUCACGACAAGACUCUUCUUGUAUUACCACACCUUGGCAAACACGCGGGCCUAUCAGCAGAGGCAGGAACCCCGGAUCUGAUUCGAUGUUUUUAGUUUUUAGAGUGCAAGCGUCAGCAGGACCCUGUGCCUAACUAAUAAUGCAAGUGGCUGGCCCUUUUUGAAGCCGACUCUGCUGAGAAAGUUAAUUGGAUAAAGACAAGCGGGUUUUGUUCUUGCCUUCCUGAAGUUAUUUGUGACUAAUGUGCUGCGGGAAAGGCUGGAGAAAGAAAGAAGCUCCUCUAACCGCUGUGACUGCCCUGGCUCCCCCAGCCUGAGAUGUUUUCCACCAGACUGAGAGAGGCUGUUUGUUUCUUAGUAUGCAGUGGGCACGGUUACUCAUCAUGAGGUCCUGCAAUUAAUACAUUAACGGUUAGGUUGCUGCUAACUCAACUUGUGUGUCGGCCUUCGAAUGUCUUCUCCUGAAGGGGACGGAAUGACUUUGGAUCCAGAUAACCUCAAGUACUACCUAGUUUGGGUUUGUUGUUGUUUCUUUGAGAGGACUAGCUAAUGCAAGUGUCAUAGUUCUGUAGUCGUUGCCGAAGGGAAAGUGUGUUUUGGCGGAGAAGUGGGGGAGGAACUCAGCCUCUUAAGAGAAGGGAGCCAUCCCCCCAGGGCUUGAAGCAGGACGAGAUGUACAUGUUGCAGGAAAGGUGUGUGAAAGAAGCAGUCAACCCCCCCUGCCCCGCUUGAGAAUCACUUAGAUACUGCUACAGUGACACUAAGGUGGGGUUGACUGAUUCAGAGAAAAUGAUUUUAUAAUAUUUUUAUGCCCAGAGGUUUCCUUGUUUACAUUUCAGAAAGUCUGUUAAAAAUAAAUAUUUUGUCUUUUUAACAACGAGGUUGGCUUAGUCUUAGUGCCACAUAAACUCUUCCUUUGGAAGGCAGUAUUAAACACAUACAGUGUGCGUAUGCUUUUAAAAUGCUGCUGCUAGUAGAAUAGAAUUCACCAACCGUCAAUAGAACAGGAGGCACUUUAAAGCGAAGGGUUGGGCAGUAAGUAGCUUUUGGGGGAUGCAGCCCCAGACAUUUAGGUCACAUUUUGUCCUGUCCCCUCCCCCCCCCCUCCUUGGGCUGGAUCCGGCAGGUCUGCUCAGCUAGUGGAGAUUAUUUCCACUGAGGCUUAGUCCAGAGAAAAUAGCCUCUGCUGGCAGAACGAAUCCAUGGGAUCCCGGCCAUUACAAAAGAGUCUCGUUCGUUCUUCCUAGAAAUGACAGAUGUCAGAAUAUAAUUGGCCGGCCUAGACAGGAGGAGCCCACUUUUGAUAAUGACCCACCCAUUUAUUUCUGUAAAGCAGCGAGCGGUGUUUGAUUUUGUCCCCUCCCGGGCCUACUGCCUUGCGUUCUGAUGCUGUCAGCAUUUCUCCCAUCCUAGCUGUCUUCUGAGGUCAGGCUUGGACUGGACAAGGAAGGCAGGAGGAGGAGGAGGAGGAGGCUGCCUCGGAGCAGCGGGAGGACUCAGCUGCUUUCUCCCAUUCAGGCACGACUUGUUCAAAAGCCCUUCCUGUGUUUUGGAGCUGAACGGGUCGGCACAGACGCUUCGCCCUCAGCUGUGUCUGGUAAAUGUGUUCAGGAAAUGCUUUGUUCUUACAAAUAAGCGGCUUGUUUACAGUACAGUAAAUGGAAGUCCCUCAGGUGUUUGGCACAGGUAGUACAUAUUCUUUUCCUUAGAAAGCUCAUCUGCUGGUGGAAAAAGCCAAGCCGGGAGUCCUGGAAUCGCAGCACCCAGCCGUCGAAGCCCGGACUCCCGUUUUUUCAUUCAGAAAUUAACUUUUGCGGAAACUAAUCGGGUUUGCACUUAAUCUCCAAAGCCCUCCACUAACGGCAGUUGUAUGUGGACAUGCUAAAUGCUUGAAAAGAGUUGAAGUGGCACGCUGGUCCAUAUGCAGGUUUUGCCAGCACGUCACAAGCUGUUCAUAUUUUGGGUUAUCUUUUGUUACCCAUCUGAAUGUUCCUUUGUUCAGAACUGCUCUGCCCACACGACUAGGCGCUCUAGUUUUGUGGAAGGGGGGCAUUCUUGUAAUCUCUUGAAGUCCCCGAGGGUUCACCCCUUUAUUUAGAGACUCUGUUUUUCAAAUCCCGUGCAAUGCGAGUUGUCUCUUUGGCACACAAUAGCCAUUCAGCUUUUUUGUACAUUUCCAGUAAUUACAUAGUAUUUUCGGGGAGGGGGGGCUAUAGGGCAUUGUGCUUCCCCCCCAUCCACCCUUUUGUUUAGCUUCUGUCCCUUAUUGCUAAACCAGCCUCAUAGAGUAGACUUUGUUUUCAUCGCUCAGUGUUCCUGCAGGUAAUUUCUAAUGAAGAGCAGCAUCCCUUUCAAGGUCUGUGUUGCAGAAGUUUCCACAAAUGGCAGGUCGUUUAUGUUCCAAUAAUGCUCAAGUUGGACACCAUUCAAAACAUUCAGAGGCUGUCCUGGUGCUGUGGUAUUAACGUGUUCCUGUUUUAGACCUUAGAAAUGAGAUGCAGAGAAGCGGGCGGAUUUUCACGCUUCCACGAAUCUGCGGACCAGGACUGUGCUGUCUAGUCUGGAAUUGUCUUGUUGUGCAGCUUCUAGCAGUACCGAAGUACCACAGCAACGCGGUAUUCAUUGACCGCUCGGUUAUUGUUCGAUGUGCCCCUUUAAGAGAGGAUAACGACUCACUCGGAGUCGUCCUUCACUCUCGCUGUCUGAAGCCCUAGGCGUAUGGGCGUCGAGAUACUUAGUCUUCUCUCAGCGCCUGGGUCGUGUGGAGCCUUUCCUUUCUAGGUGUUGGCUUUUUUGGGUCGCACGGAAGAGCGUUGGGAUUUCUAGCACGCGUCAAUCGGUGCCUGAAGAAAUGGUCUGGCUGUAAACUUAAAUAUACCGCGCCAGCACGGUUUUACAGAGAAGUGGGAUCUCAAGUGCCACGCAUUGUAAAGGCAGUAAAUACGAAUGUCUUAACAGCGUUGCUACUGAUUUGGGAUAAUGUGUCCUUUAAAAGACACUUUGAGAAAAGAGAGACCCGAAAUAGCCCCUGGCACUUCACUGCGUCUUUGCUGGGGGGGGGGGGGGGGGGGGGGGGGGGUCCCCCUUCCAGAGUCCGUCGCAGCCUAAAAAUGUGCAACUCUGUUUAAGGCUGCUGUAUUCUUUUGCCCGAAUGGUUCUUAAUGAACUGCCCCACGAACCACCCAGCUUAAAAAAAUUCCUUUUGCAAAGGAGAAAUUGCUAAAGAGCGCAGGGAUCCCGUUUUACAGUUUGGAGAGACGUCAUGAGGAGUGUCCGGCCAUUCGAGCUGGGAUUGACAACGGGCCCACUCCAGAUCAAGUCCAUCGCACCUUGUGACUAAUGAGCUGGAUCCAGGCAAAGUUUACGGUUUCUGCUGACUAGCCCCUCGUACUGCUGACCCCAACCCCACCGUGUUCCUCAGGGUCCCCUGGACACAGCACUUUGGGCGGGAGCGGGUAAGCGGGAAAGUUUCACAUUCCACAGAGAGAAAAGUUUACUCUGGAUUCAACCCGUUGGUGCUUCGUGGCUCGAAGCGCCAGUUCUCGCUUUGUUGACUCCAUGAGAGCUUUCUUCUGGGCACACGUCCUCUCCUAGUGGUUCUUGGUAUCCUCGGUUCAGAAUACGGCCCCACCUGUAAUCUGAAAUGGGACAACCCUUCUCACUGAGAGCUCAGCCUUAGCUCAGGGGAACUGAUUUCCAAUUCUAAGUGUAGAAUUGCCUCGGAAGUUGCAAUUUGCAUUCCGGGAGGCUGGGGAAAUAAUGCUUUCUAUUUUGUAUUAUGAAAAGGAAAGGGCUUGGAAGACAACACCAGAAGGUUCUAUGGAAACUUCAGAAAAGCUCUGAUUCUUGAAGUAGUAGCACAGAGCUUGAUGUCUUAUUUCAUAAGUGCAACAGAUGUAAGCAAUUCAUGAUCCCCGUCAUGGUGUAGAUGAGCUACUUUACACUACAAGUUCUAAUCAAAAUAGCUAUGGAAUAUUAUUUUAAAUAUCCUCAUAUAUAUUCUGAACCACGUCAUCCUUACAGUACGUGUUGUCUAUUCAGAGAUAAGAUAAACGGCAUAACAGCUCUUCCAAAAAUUUCACAUUCAACCUUCUGUUUUGGGGAGGAAAAAGAUUUGUACUCGAUAAAAGUGAGUAUAUUACAGCAUCGCUUUCGUGUGCAUCUUCAUGUAGUGCUGUUCUGUUUGGAAUAUAUUGGUGUUUGUACAACUGGUAGCAAAGCAGAUGUAAAGCGGGAUAACACAGAUCUGUUCCGUACCUUCUCCUGGUAGUAGAAGUUGUUCUGCUAGCAGAAGAAGUUCUGACAUCAGAGGAACACUCCCAAUUAGCCGAAUGGACCCAUGGAGACCAGCUGAAAGCUUGGUAGAGCUGUAUGUCUUGGAAAUGCCAAAAAAUAAAGGGCUACCUCCUGUGUUUGUCAAGUAGCCGCCUUAUAAAGUCCUCUUUUACCCCCUUGAGCCCAAGUCCACACUAAAUCUGCCUGCCUUUGGAAUCACAGCACCUACCAAGUUGAGAUACCUUGGUCUAGAGCUGAUAUGGAACCAUCUCUGCUUAGAUGAAAGUUAAAUUUCUCCUUGUUAUUCAUGUGUUGGGAGAGGUUUUGUUUGUGUGCUUGUUACUGAGGAUUACAGAAAAUCUGUCAAAUACUGUUUUGUUAAAGACAAUAAUUUUAAUCAUACACCCUCUUCUCAGAGGUCCCAGGUUUGA